CCUCAGAAUACAUUUGAUUUUCAUAUGGCUCUGGAUGCAGUGCAAAAUGUUGAAAACUAUAUUCGAGACAUUGCAAAAGAUCGUCGAUGCAGAUUUGAUGAAAACUUUCUUGAUUACGAUAACUUAAGAUCUGGAUAUGUCACCGGAAACCAAUUCUUAAGAAUCUUAAGAAAUCUAAUCGGUGUCCCACUUGACGUUUCGCAGGAAAAACUUAUUUUAAAAAAAUACGGAAUUGAUGGGAACCGAUAUAUUAACUGGAGGAAAUUUGUUCGUGAAAUAAAAGGUAAAUAUAAUGAAAAUGAUUUUAGUGUAACGCCGGAAUCCAAGGUUCUCCAAACAAUCGAAUCUCCGAUCGUAGGCACAAAAUCACGGCAUAAGCUGUACAAUGAUGAAAAACUGGAGUAUAUAAAACCACUGCUUUCCAGAAUCAAUCAAUUUAUCUCUAACCAAGGUUAUAUAAUACGCCAAUGUUAUAAACAGUAUGAUGUUCAUAACUUAGGUGAAGUGACCGAAAGCCAAUUUUUCAGAGGGUUUCCUGGUCCGAAGGAUAUCAGUGAUGAAGAAAUGAUGUCACUCGUUCAGCGUUAUAAAUCACUAACUAAUCCUGGUUUUGUAGAUUAUCUGGCUUUUGAAAAAGACCUUAAAACGAUUGACUCAUACGAAAAGGCUUUGGAAGACAACACGAAACUUGUAAAAGACAGAGAUAUUGCUCAUAUCUCCCAGAAAGAUAAUUUAUUAAUUCCAUCACAACAUAUGAUUGUUGACCGCAUAAAAUGUACUAUUCGGAAACGUGGUAUACGUGUUAUGGACUUUUUUGUGGAUUAUGAUAAAUUAAAACAUGAUAAAGUAACGGAACAUCAGUUCACAUGUGCUCUCCUAUCAUCUGUUGGUAAGGAAGCUAAAUUAAGUCGCGAGGAGGUUCAAAUGCUUGCAAACUACUACCGUUCAACAACAAACCCUCAGUUCAUUAAUUAUCGCGAAUUUUGUAGAGAAAUUGACUCACCUUUUCAGACGCUGUAUUUGGAGAAGGAUCCGUUAAAACCAAUUACUAUUCCAGCUAGAGGUGCACUUUCACAGCAUCUAUGCGUAUUAAGCCAAGAAGAUGAAGAUCGUGUAUCUAAACUAAUCCAAGAAAUCGGACGUCAAGUUCGUGAAAAAAGAAUAUUAACAUAUCCAUAUUUUCAGGACUAUGAUAUGGGAUCAUGUUUUUCGAGAAGUAUUACUAAUACACAAUUUGAAAGAGUAUUAUACUUUCUUGGUUUGAAUCUGAGUAAAGAAGAUUGUCGUCGUUUAUGUAGAAAAUUCACCAAUCCUACAAAUGGUUGUAUUAAUUAUGGAGCAUUCUGCGAAAAGGUAGAUGACUGGUUUACCGCUGCGGCCCCUGUCAAAUUCGAUGAGGAUAAUCCAGAAGAUGUGAAUUUCGAAGUAUCAAACAAGGUUAUAACAAAACGCACACCUGAAAUAGGUGAUACACGCUGUGGUAAAAGUGUAGUUCACCGAAAUUGGCACUCAACAGUAAUGCCAGUAAUUAUAUCAGCUGGGGAUCAAUGGCCUGUUGAGGUUUUAUUAAACCGUAUCCGACAUUUGGUUCUAGUUAACCGUAUACCAUUAAAACCUGGGUUUCAUGAUUUCGAUCGUUUACGUAGUGGUUAUGUUACACGAUCUCAGUUUGAACGUUGUUUAACCGCCGCAGGGCUAACGCGUUUACACCUGCACGAUCUUACACCGGCACAAGUAAACAUCUUGGCAGACAGAUACGUGUCUUCAACUGAUACCAACAUGGUGAACUGGAUAAAAUUUGUUAAUGAUGUAGAAACAGUGUUUACUCUACCGGGGUUGGAAAAACAACCACUCACUCGUGUGCUACCACAAGAAACAUUUAUCCAACCGAAACCAGGUACAGCAGAUUGGUUAUCAGUAACUGAAGAAAUGAAACAGAAUUAUGAAAACGGUAUGGGAAUUUUAAGACAAAAAGUAAAUGAACGUCGGUUGGAUUUAACUCCAAAUUUUGCGGCUUUUGAUUUUUUACAUCGUGGAAUAGUGACAACAAAUAAUUUCCGUCAACUAAUAAGUAUGUAUAGUUUUUGUUUGUCGCCGGCAGAAAUUGAUGGUAUCAUAUCACGUUAUGCCAAUGAUGAUGGGUUUAAUUAUUUGGACUUUCUAAAUCACCUCUGUCCGAUGAAAUUAGAAGAAAACGAAUAUAAAUAUCCAGAACGUUUAGCUACAUCUCAGAGAAUAAAUAAGCUGAGUAAAGAAAAAACGGAAAUGGAACCGGUAAUGGGAGAUGCUGAAGGUAUUAUGGAUACACUGAAAGCAGAGGUAUACCGCAGAAGUCUGAGAUUAUCUGAUUGGUUUCGCGAUCACGAUAAACUCAAUCAUGGAUACUUACAAAGAAUAACGUUUCGCCGAUGUCUAGGGGUUCUCAACCUAAAAAUUAAUGAGAAAAGUUUAAAUAUUCUUGAAGACAGAAGUAACCCGUCGUUAUAUUUAACGACGACUAGACAUUUGAGAAUGUACCAGGUCAUUGUGAAGUAUGCAGAAAUGCGGCCACAAAUCCUUUAAUCGGUUGCUGGGUAGUGAGUUAUUUCAUUUUAUUCACACCUCAUAGAUAGCCGCUUGUUGAUGAAGUAAAAACGACUUGUUGUUGGACAUAACAAUAUGCACUUGGUAUAAAUAUCAUACAUAAUCUAAGGAGAUGUUUUAAGCUUUAGUAAUAAAUAUCUUGGUAUUAUCUAUUAACUUGAAUAUUAUAAGCACUCAAUUUAUUUCUAGAAAUUAGGAAGGCAUUUAUGAUAAUAGUAAAAAUUACGCAAAUAAAUGCACAUAAAUAAUGAGUUGUCUAUAUCUAAUAACAUUAUUUAAUGACCAGGAUAAUAUUAACUUGAUAACUACUCUAUACGUAUAAUGGGUUAAUAAAUGAACUCAUAUUUAAGACAAUUCAAAGUAUUCAAUGGAAAGAAUCAACAACGCACAUUACCAAUUUCAGCUACAACAUAUUAAAAGAUCAAUUAAAUGAUGUUACAUAAUUUUUUUAAAAAGAUUAUAUUCAAAGCAUUCCGAAUAUCGAUUCUUAGGUUACGCAUAUUAAACAAGAAUUAGGUCCUUAGAAGCAAUCAAAACUUAUACUCGAAGUCUAAGAACACGACAAAAAGUGGUGUUGUUUAAGUUAUUAUGAUUUAUAGUGAGGUGAAACAACACACUAAUCAAAUCUAUAAUAUUCCAGAAUAACUAGCACCUAUACGAUUAAUUACUAUAAUCCAAUUGAUUUGUAUAUUACCAUAUACUUGAUUAACUUGAAGUUAUACGAGAUGUUUUGAAAAAAAAAUCCAAAAUCGGUGAUUAUAAAGAAGCCGC